CCUACGGGGCCUUAUCAUGACUAGUAUUGGACGAGCGUCAUCGCUCGAGUGGCAUUAUUAUCAGUGAUCGGUACAAAAGUGAUAAGUGAUAACAAUAUCUAAUAAUCGCCGAACGAUUCCUCUAUUUGUGGAGCGCAAAAUACUUCAACUUUCAAUCACCGUCCGUUUUAUUUUAAAUAAAUGCUUUGUUUAUGUAGGAACUAGUUUAGAAAUAGCCAGUGAUUCAGUGUGAUUCGGGAGGCAAGUGCUAACAAUGCCUUUGGAUUAUUGAUGAUAUUCAUAGUGAUGUGUAAAUUAGUAGUUGUGGUGCUUAUCACGAGUUUACUACUAUAAGUGUUUGUGUCAGUGUAUCGAUAUUUGAAAGCAAGUAAAAGUGAACACCAGCAGCACUAUCAAACGUGUAAAAAUGGAUGCAGUGUUUUCUUUAGUGAUCAUUUUCAGCUACAUUCUUGGAUGUGUCGCCCAAUUUGGUCCUGGCGGGAUGUGGGGCAAUGGGAUGGACCAUCCACCACCAUUUUUGCCCCCUGGUGGACCACCGCCUCCGUCAACGCCCCAUCACCACUUUUCAAGGCCUAGUACUUAUUUUGAGAACCUACCAGACCCUCCAGACGAGUCGUAUCCAGUGCAGUACGCUGGGGUCCCGCAGAAUCUCCAGGUCUUCCCGCUACCACUGCCCGGGGCCGACCACGAGCUGAUGUUCAACGUAUCCUGGGAAUCGUCCUUAGAGUAUCCAGCGAGAGAUUACUCCUUGGAAGUCCACAGCGUCACAGACACGUCAGACUGCAAGACGCCACUUAUGUGCUAUGAAUACAACAUUCCUGGGGACGUCCAAUGGUGUUUGAUCCCCGCAUAUGCGAACCCCGUAGCAGAGUCGUGCGCGGUGCGUCCUGGAUGCUCCUACGCCGUGGUUCUUACAGCCCACCCGUGGGACGGCCGAGUGCAAGCCGAGAAGCUCAUACAGUUGGAUGAGUGCGUAUCAGGCGUGUGCUCCUGCGCACACUCUCCGCGCCUCCCUGCCCCCGAGGUGUGGGCGACCACAGUCGUGAUGCAUGGGGAGAUAUUCGUGAACGUCACCUGGGUGCUGCCCAAGCCCAAGUACCCUCAAAGGCUGCCCAGGGACUUGUUGAAGCAGAGCUAUGUAGUUAGUAUAGGCAAACAAAUGGUGACCGACGCGCAUCCAGCGCCGUGGUUCGCGAACACAAUAACCAAACCGGUGGACGCCGAUGGCCGAGUGGCUGACGGGGACGGGCCACGGUGGCUCAUCCUCCCCAUCAACGGGAAGGGGCUUGAAAGGGCCUCUGAGGGGAGAGGGGGAAACGGGGGUAUAGUGCUGGACGUCAAACUUUUGGCACGUGUCAACCUUAUGGAUGAUAGAGGGUGUGUGGGACCAGCGGGGAACGCGACGGCUUAUGAUCCGUCGGAAGCUCAAAAAAUUCAGUUCAGUACUUACCUAGUAUGGGCCGUCUUCGGCGGUCUAUUCGUGUUGGCCAUGGUGGCCAUCUUUGCCAUGAGCGCGCGCAUAGUCAAGCGUGUGCUCUCCGCCCUACGGCCCGCUGCGCCCGCGCCGCUUGCCCCGCUCCGCCACCGCCCCGCGUGGUUCAAGCUGCAGUUUCGACCGAGCGCGGAGAUCACAGCCCGGGGGCAGGUCGAGCAGAGCCCGCUGUAUGUACAAAAAGAGUUUGAGACUGAAGAAGCAUUCGGAGACGAGUGGGAGGUCAGCAGGUCUCGGGUACACUUGGGCGCCCUGAUCGGCAGCGGUGCCUUCGGCCGGGUGCACGCAGCACAGCUGGACAUGCCUGGCGGAGAGACCAUCACUGUUGCUGCUAAAAUGUUGACAGGUUUGCACUCAACUGUUCUGGGUUUGUUUAUCACCAGGACCUCACGAGUAGUCGUAGUAACUGGAUUGCACUGCUCGAGUUGGCGCACUCCUAUCCUAGCACACAAUGAGGGUUUUCGCGUAUGAAAAAUCCGCCAGAUGGCAAUACGUAGACGCGAGGUCCAAAUGCUGCAUGAUUGGUUAUAUUUGACAUGACAUUGACAUAUAUA